GUCUCUCUCUCUCUCUCUCUCACCAAACCUUGCCAUGCUUUCCCUUGUUCCCCGUGCACCGCCUAUAAGACACGCCGAGCCAAGAACGCAACUCAAUUCUGCAUCUUUCUUUCUCCUCCUCGUCAAACCCUCUGUGCCCUCCGUAGUGUUCGCAUCAAUCUCCAGCUCCGGCUCCGAUGAAGGACCGCCGCGGCGGCGCCGGCUUCCCCUUCUCCAUCGGCUGCAUGUCGCAGUCUGCCGUAGCCGUCGCCGACCCGCUCCACAAGAAGCCGCAGCCGCCACAGCCAGCAAACCAGGCCGACAACCCCUCCUCCUCCUCCACCACCACCACAACCAUGGCGGCCACCACACUGGACAGAGGCGCCGGAGAAGAAAGCAGCGAGGAGAAGACGAGAACCGCGGCGGCGGCGUCAGGGGUCCUCACGGCGGGGGUGCAGCGGCUGCUCAGGGGAAUCAAGACCUUCUUCGCGGCGUACGACGGCGAGGAGGAGGACGACGACGAGGAGCGGGAGAUCGUGAUCGGGUACCCCACGGACGUGCAGCACGUCGGGCACAUCGGCUGGGACGGGAUCAACAAGGUGGGCGUGGGCAUGGCCGGCGCCUUCUCGCUGCCAUCCUCCCUCUCCCUCCGCCAGCUCGAGAUCGCCAUGGACCCCGGCGCCGCAACCACCGCCUGCAUCAACUGAUCCAUAUAUAAUUCUCCAUUGCCAUGCAUCAUAAAUUCAUAAUCCACCUCACUCUGCUCGAGCGAGCAACCGUGAGUGAGGUCCAAGACUGUGUAGCACCCAGCCAGCCAGAGAAGCCCAAGAUGGAGACGGAGGCCGGCAGCUGUAGAGAGUGUCGUGCUGCACUGCCUCGAGAAGAAGAGAAUAUAUUCGUGUCUGUCCGUCGUCGCCGUGACACCGCCGAUCCUGCAACAGUGGGGUCACCAACUAUCCUUGCUGCUGCUGCUGCUGCACAGUUAUGAUCUGGUUGGUGAGACGCACACACAAUCUGCUGCUGCUUCUUCUUGUUCCCAGAGUUGGCACGUUACAUUGACCUGUGCUUGUGUAUAUAACUCUCCUUUAGUCUUACAUAGAUGAUGACUUGAUGAUGGUGUUUUGCUGAGGUUUGUAA